UACGCUAUUGCUAGUGUGUUACCGCUAGCCUCGAUGACUGGACCCAACGCAAGCCAUCGUGAGCCACCACCACCAUCUGCUGCUGCCCAGCGCUGUUGUACCUGUAUUAGAUAACGUUCGGCUACGUUCGGGCGCUUUUUGCGCAGCCGACGGCCCACAACUCCUCUCAAUUGAAAAAUCACAUCUGACGCUAUCGCGGCCGCACACUCGCUAUAGCGCCGCGCCGACGCUGCCGCAGUGAUCCAUAGCAAAAUAUGUCGGCCAUGGACACAUCUAAGGAGGCCGAAGCGGUUCCCCAGGUCUCGCGCGACUCGUCGGGCAGCAGCGACGGCCCCAUGUCGCUGGAGCUCCUCCAGGUCCUCGCGAGCACGCCCGACGCGCUCGUCGAGGCCGAGGAAAUGUACGACGACGACGACGACGCGAAGACGCCGGCGGCGCGGCGCGACGAGGCGCUCGCGGCCCUCGACCCCGCCGUGCGCAAGGCGCGCAACGACGCGGCUUUACAAUUAUCGACGCGGACCCUGAAACGCUACGUCGGCGCGCCCGUGGAUGAUUUGAGGGCCCACGUGACCUGGCUCGCGCGCGUCAAGCCGACUUCAUUGGCAUUACCGACCGCGGCGCCCGCGGCCUGCGCGAGCGGCACUUUACGUAUAGUGAAAGCGCAAGAACCGCACGACGUCGCCAUGCUCUUUGACGGCCGCCGCUGGCACCCCUGGACCUACGACGCGUGGUCGACGGACGAGUGCGUCGACGCCUUUGAGCGCUACGUGGCCUUCCACUACGAGGUCUGCGCGAAACUUGUGGAAGAGCGGGGCGGCGGCGACGCCUACGAGGGCCCGACGAUCCUCGUCAAGCUCGCGAACCGGCCGCAGCUCAUGCGGCCCGUGGCGUUAAGGUGCACGAAGCGCCUGGUGGACGUGGCGCGGCAGUACCCGCUCAAGAAGGCGAUCCUGAUCGGCGCGCCGCCGCUCUUCGCGGCGGCGUGGCGCGGCAUCCGCCCCUUAUUGGACGAGGCGACGCACGCGAAGGUGGAGUUCAUGGACGACGAGGCCGCGGGCGACCGGGCUUUUCAAACCAUCGUAGGGGGCGGCACGCCUUUUGCCGAGGCGGACGAGGGCCCGCAGCCGGGGCCCCUGAGCAUCGGGAACAUCGAGGAGGCCGUCCUCGCUGCGAGCCUUUAGUUUUGCUAAUUUUGACACA